AAAAAUUACAAUGGAACAAAUUUCAAAGGAAGAAAGCAAAAUUCAAAAGACUUCAGAAGAUCAGGAGGCUUCGGAAGGGGUUCUUAAAAAACAGAUUUCAGAGGAAGGAGGUCAUGCAAGUACAAAAGAACAAAUAGAAACAGAUCAGAGUCUUGAGGCUGGUAUAUCUUUCGAAAAAUUAACUGGAAAAAUCUCUUCAGAACUAAUAUUUGAGGACGAUGAGAUCCUUAAUGUGAUCCUUGAAUUCUUCACUCUCGGAGAAAUAGUAGUAAUUUUCUUCCCACUAAACAGCAGGAUCAAGGGACUUGUUCAAAAAGAGAAUUAUUUGUUAUUUGAGAAGCUUAUCGAGGAACUUAAUAUCACCAGCUGAUACACUACUUCUGAUCUACCGGUCUAUGAAGAUAUCGGAGCAGUGUACAAACAAGCAAUCUGUGAUUUUGAAGAUGAAAAAGAAACUGACCUCAAACCACAAGCCUUCUACACUGAUUCAGGGAUAAUUGGUAGCAACAUGUGGUACGGAUUCCAUAACAUAUUUGGCUCAAACACUUCUAACAUUUAUGGGGGUUAUGUAUUUUCGUCGAAUAAGAGUAAAUAACAAUCAUGUUCAAUUCUACCUCUCUGUGCCUACUUUUGGAGUAGAUAACAAGUACUGUCAGACACUUAAGACAGAAUUUGAGCUCACUCCUGGCUCAAAAGAGAUCAAGACUCCGUAUUUACAGACAAUGAGUGAUAAAGAAACCCCUUUAUUUAAGGUGCCUACAACAUUCGAGGUUAAUUUGAAGAAUCAAGGAUUCUCGUACUAUGCUGAUAACCUACUUCUGUGAUUUUCAGCCUCAGAAGUUCGGAACAAAAGAUUCCAAAGUUCGACCAAAAUAUUUGACAAUUUCAAAACCCCUGAAGAUGUUGAGGAUUCAGGCUUGCCUAUCCUGCACAAGGAUACAGAAACUAAGGGUUUCACUGUGAUAGAGUUCGAUCUGUCUCAGAAGAGCGCAAUAAAAUAAGGCAAUGGGCGUCAAGAGGUUUUACUCAAUUCCAUUAAUUUACUGUUACCUUGAGAAGAACGCUCUCAACGGUACAAAUCAGAUAUACCAAUUUAAGCAAAAAGUUGCAGCCAAAUAUAUGUCCAUGAAACUGUUAUGCUGAUCCUCACAAUCAAAUUCUAACCAGAUCGACAUGUACCCUUGCAAGUUGAAAGGAAAGACUCUUCAUUUUGGAUAAUUUUGAUAAUUUCUAAUUA